AUGGCUCAAGUGCCCAAGGUUAGGCUGGCAGGGGGCUUGGAGAUCUGCCGCAUCCUGAACGGCAGGUGUCUGGUGGUCAUGGUCCGGUUGAUCAGCCCAAAGCAGGUAAACUUAAAGUGAUAGGUCACUCCAAAAUGUUCAGAUCAAACGUGUCUGUCUUACAUGAGUGAGUGUCCCACACCAUCUGUUGGCCUGUUCUCCAUACAGUAUGAAGGGGGAAAAUGGGUACUAUGUAAUUAAGCAAUAAGACCCGAGGAGGUGUGGUAUAUGGCCAAUAUAUGGCCAAUAUACCAUGUCUAAGGGCACAACGCAAACCCCUGAGGUGCCUUAUUGCUAUUAUAAACUGGUUACCAACAUAAUUAGACCAGUAAAUUGUCAUUUUACCCAUGGUAUACGAUCUGAUAUACCACGGCUUUCAGCCAAUCAGCAUUCAGGGCUCGAACCACCCGUUGUAUAAUUAUGCCGCCUGACAACAUAUAUAUAUAUAUAUAUAUAUAUAUAUUUUAUGAUGCUGCCUAUUUAUUUGCAUUAUUUUACUCACUACUUGUAUUGUUGUAGUAGUUCUUAUCAAACCCCUUUUCCUAUUUCAGUGCAGGUGAUGCAAGCCUAUGUUGAUGCCGGCCUGACAACAUUUGACAUGGCAGAUAUCUAUGGACCAGCAGAGGAGAUUUUUAAACACUUCAACAGCCAGGUAUGAGUUAGAAUCAUUGUUAUUAUAAGCCUACACCACAUAAACUCCAGAUUAUGAACCUAUUGGAUUGAAAGUGAAUGUGAAGUAAAAAAAUAAAUAAUCUUAUGAACAUUGAUCUUAGAUCUGUGUGUAAGUGGAGCAGCACCCCUGAAUAGGCACAGGAGGGAGCUAAUGUAGCACAGUUGGUAUUGGGUGGUGGGGCCGCACUCAAGUCAGGGGAGAGAUGGCGAAUGGAAAAUCUGUAUAUUCUCUCUCACUCAUAGACACACAUGAAUAAGCCCUUACACAUGGAGCCGUAGUUAUACAUACAUGGACAGAUAAACUCUGACACACACAGAUUCACCACUACCAUUGGUUUCAAUAUUAUAUAUAUAUUUUCAUUGCUCAGGCAGGCUGCAUCUCUCACAGUUUUGACAGCCUAAUGGCAUAGACCCCUGAGUCAAUCAUCUAGAAUAAUGUCCUCUGAGAACGCUUCCCAACAAAACCUCUCUCUGGGGAAUCCCCUUCAUCAUCACACUCUAUAACUGGGCAAAUCUGCUCUGCUCUCACAUGGGAAACGGAGAGAUUUUGAUGGUCCCUAAGGUCGGACUGAAAAGUAUCUGAGAUCUUAGAGGGAAUUAUGUGGACUGAGGAUGUUAUUCUACAUAGUGUUGUACACAACCAGACCACAAGUAAAUGUAGUGAAUACCGGAGCGUAUGAAUUUAGUGAAUACAUUUCAAAGUGUCUAGUUACAGAUGGCACAGAUUCUAAUUGUAGCAUUCUGUUUUCUAGGUGAAAUCGAAACCAAGCGGUGUAACCCCUGCAGGGUUUGACUAAAUGGGUGCCUGGACCUGGACCGAUGGACCACAAGGUGAGUCUUAAAUAGAGACUAGUGUGGGCAAUAUCAUGCUGCAAGUUCCCCACCAUCCAGUAAAAUCUGAAAGCUGCAUACUCAUAGGUGCCUGAGCAAUGGAGCAAAUUUAGUUUUUGCACCCCCACUUUUCAACCAGAAAAGUAUCAUGGUCCAUUGGGUAAUUUGUCAUUUUCAAGGAUUAGUAAUGAUUUGAGCUAGUCCGUAUUAAAAUAGAUAUGUCCAUUUUAUAUAUUAUAUAUUGUAUAUACUGAACAAAAAUACAAACACAUGUAAAGUGUUGGUCCCAUUUUUCAUGUGCUGAAAUAAAAGAUCUCAGAAAUGUUCCAUAUGCACAAAAAGCUUAUUUCUCUCAAAUUUUGUACACAAAUUUGUUUACAUCUCUGUUAGUGAGCAUUUCUCCUUUGCUAAGAAGCUAAUUAAACAGCAAGAUCAUUACACAGGUGCACCUUGUGCUGGGGACAAUAAAAGGCCACUCUAAAAUGUGCAGGUUUGUCACACAACACAAUGCCACAGAUGUCUCAAGUUUUGAGGGAGCGUGCAAUUGGCCCACUGACUGCAGGAAUGUCCACCAGAAAUGUUGCCAGAUAAUUGAAUGUUAAUUUCUCUACCAUAAGCCGCCUCCAACAUAUUUUUAGAGAAUUUGGCAGUACGUCCAACCGGCCUCACACCCGCAGACCACGUGUAACCACGCCAGCCCAGGACCUCCACAUCCAGCUUCUUCACCUGCGGGAUCGUCUGAGGAGGGGGAACAGGGGUGCUGAGGAGUAUUUCUGUCUGUAAUAAAGCCCUUUUGUAGGAAAAAAAUCAUUAUGAUUGGCUGGACCUGGCUCCCAAGUGGGUGGGCUAUGAAAUCCAUAGAUUAGGGCCUAAUGAAUUUACUUCAAUUGACUGAUUUCUUUCUAUGAACUGUAACUCAGUAAAAUCUUUGAAAUUGUUGCAUGUUGUGUUUAUAUUUUUGUUAAGUAUAUAUAAUAAUUAACAGAUUGCAUUUUGCAGCCCCUCCCCAGUCGCCUCAAGAUGAAUGGUUUUGCCCACUCUAAAGUGUUGCUUCGCUCCCGCGCCCCUGUUUGUUUCAGUGCCGUUAGAAAGCACUAGUUCCACCACUCGUGUUUAAAAUGAAAAGGCACCUGCAAAAUAAUUGUUUGUAUCUAUUUUGUUGUGCUCUUGUUACAUUUGUAUUUUGUUUCAUGGUGUUGUUACAUAUCAUUUGACCUGCGGGCACCACAAGCACAUUUUGUCAUUUCACUUUGCCUGUAAGAAUGAAGGUUACGUAUGUAACCACGGUUAUGUGAGCUAUAUGGAUCACUCCAAUAUAUUGGUAUCACUCUGUGGCGGAGGGAUACAUCCGAGGUGAGGAUUUACAGAUUUACUCCCAUGUACACCUGUGUCACGGCUGGGGUCCGCCCCUAUAUAUAGACCCCAUGACCGCGACACACGUUCUCUACAUCAUUUUUGAGGCGCCUCUAACACCGUAGAGGAUUGGAGUGAUCCAUAUAGCUCACAUAACCGUGGUUACAUACGUAACCUUCGUUAUGUUUCACUAUAUUGGAUCACUCCAAUAUAUUGGUAUACCCUUACCAGAUUUAGUCGGUGCUAGAGGGACCUGGCCAGCCAGCGGCCAAGUCCCAGCGUGGAACAGAGACGCAGGGGCCGUCAAUGUGGAAGGGGGGUCCAGGCACAGUCCCCGGAAGGGGAGGUGACGCCCAGGACCGCUGAACCAACCGCAGAGGGAGGUGCCACAUUUACCCGAUAGUACCAAGCAAAGGUGCAAGAGGAAGCCCAGCUGGCCGCAGCACAGAUAUCAGCGAGGGGCACUCCUCUCAGUAGAGCCCAGGAUGCAGUCACACCUCGUGUUGAAUGUGCCACCACAGAUCCUAGAACUGGCCUGCCAGCCAGGCGGUAUGCUGUCAUAAUCGUGUCCACGAUCCAGUGAGAGAGCCUCUGCUUUGAUAGCCCAGCCCCCAGGACUCUCUCACCAUAGCAGACAAAGAGCUGGUCUGUUGUUCUCACUGACCGUGUCCACUCCACAUAGGCAGCCAGUGCCCGCACAGGGCACAGCAUGCUGGAGGGAGGCCCAGACUCCCCCGCCGCUGCCAGGGGGUCGUAAGCAGACAGGAUAAAAGGGAUGUUCACAUGCCUGUCUGACAGAACCUUCGGGAGGAAUGAAGGGUUGGGGUGGAGAGAUAUACUCCUCCCACCGGGGUCCAUCCGUCCUCGCCAUUGAGCAGGGUCCUAGCUGGACGCAUGCGAUAAACUCCCUUCAUAAACCUGGAGACCAAGGGAUGGUGCCCCACUGGCCUGUCCAUCCACCCCACAUGGCAGGUAGAUAUAGCGGCCAAAUACCCUCUCAGUGUAGAGGCUGCCAAGCCCUCAUCCAAGCGAGACUGCAGGUAUUGGAGGACAUACUGCACCCCGCAUGAUUCGGGCACAACCUCAAUACCAGUGCACCAAGAGCAGAACAACCGCCAGCGCAACUGAUAUGCCGUGGUUGUAGCCGGUGCCCUUGCGCUCUGCAUAGUGUUCCUUACACCCUCCUGUAGUCCUAACAUGGACCAUUGGUGCCGCUCAGCGGCCAAGCCCACAGACUGAGGCGGUGCGGUCUCGGAUGCCACAGUGUUCCCCCGGCCUGAGACAGCAGGUCGGGUCUCAGGGGCAGUUCCCAAGGUGUCCCAGACAACAGGGACAGGAGAAGUCUGAACCAGGGUCGUCUGGGCCAGUAUGGGGCCACCAGCAGCAGACGAUGCUCCGCCAUCCAGCAUAUCCGCUGCCGCAUUCAGGAUGUCAGGUACGUAGGCUGCGCGUAGAGACGCUAGACGUCCCUGAGCCCAGAGAAGGAGCUUCCUUGCCAUAAGAUGGAGGCAGUGGGACCUCAGUCCACCCUGAUGGUUGAUGUAAGCCACCACUGUGGUGUUGUCUGUUCUCACCAGGACAUGUCUUCCUUUCAGAUUUGGAAGGAAAGACCGCAGGGCCAGCAGUACAGCUCGGAGCUCUAGUGUAUUGAUGUGCCUGCCGCUCCAAGGGGGUAGCCAACAGCCGCUGGCCGACCUGCCCUUGGUACGGAAACAGCAACCAGGUAUUGGAUUUGAUUUAUUUGUUUUUUUUGUUUUACGGCAGCUGCAAUAUUACCUAUUUUAAUAUCCAAGCAGGAAAAACAGCCCCAUAUGAUGGAGUAACUCCGUUAAGGAACUCCAAAAUUAAUGUCUCAACGUAGUGGAAACCCACCAAGAUACUCUUACACUCUGCAGGGGAAAGAACUAGAAAAAACCCUGCAGGAUAAUGUUAAAGCAAUUCACAACACACACAUAGAACAAGCCAGUCGGCAAGUUGUGUAAGGUAAAUUACAGUUUGUGGCAGCAAGAGCCACCAUACAAAUGGAUGCACACAGAGUCGUAGUGUAAUGCUAACAAAACACAAGUACGACAAACCACGGGCGGAGGAUACAGAUCAACCGUGCGCAGCGAGUGGAGCACUGAAGAGGAGGGGCUGACCAUUUCUGGAAAAUGUUAAUACAAUAAAGUAUAACAAGGAUUUUAUUUCUGUCUACAUUCAACUGGUAAAAGUUGAUUGUGAUAUGAUUGACAUAAAAAAAUGACCCUAUUAGCGUGUGGUGCCUCACCUUAAAAGGCCACUAUUAAAGAGAAUGACAAUUUAAAAAGUAAUUGGAAAAAUAAUUUAUAAUAGCUUAGUCCUGCAACUGCAGGUUGCAGAUUUGGUAAAAUGCAAAAACAAGAUUCUCAAGGUAGGCUACAGUAGAAUGAUUUUUGUUCAAAGUGUGUGGUUUUAAGAACUCAAAAACAGAAUACAUUAUGUAUGCAGUGCUUGUUUCUAUUCAUCAAAUUAGGCCUUCACAAUAACAAAAUAUGCCGGCUAUAUAUGAGUAGCUCGCAAUUAUUAUUAUUUUGUAUUAAGUAGCUCUUAUGAAAGAAAAGGUUGGAGACCCCUGCUCUAGCCCAAACCGUUCAAAUAUGACCCAUAUUACCAGAGCUACAUUUUAUACUUUUUAUUGCAGAUUUAUGACCAAAAGUAUGUGGACACCUGCUCGUCAAACAUCUAAUUUCAAAAUCAUGGGCAUUAAUAUGGAGUUGGUCCCCGCUUUACUGCUAUAACAGCCUCCACUCUUCUGGGAAAGCUUUCCACUAGAUGUUGGAACAUUGCUGCGGGGACUUGCCUCCAUUCAACCACAAGAGCAUUAGUGAGGUCGGGCACUGAUGUUGGGCGAUUAGGCCUGGCUUGCAGUUGGCGUUCCAAUUCAUCCCGAAGGUCUUCGAUGGGGUUGAGGUCAGGGCUCUGUGCAGGCCAGUCAAGUUCUUCCACACCGAUCUCGACAAACCAUUUCUGUAUGGACCUCGCUUUGUGCAUGGGUAACUCCGCCGGUGUCUCUUUUGGGUCACUUUUGCCGGUCCCAAGCCCGGAUAAAUGAGGAGUGUUGGAAUUGUGACAUAAAAAAAAAACAAGAAUCAACAGAAGAAAGUUCAUUUGUAGUUCUAAACAUAUUUAGGGUGUUUUUUACUCACUUUUUGCACAUGGCCAAUUGUGCAACAAAGGCUUCCGAUCCUUUUUUAUCGUGUUGUGCUGUUGGCCGUAGGUGUACUUGAUUCAGAAGCCCUGCAAAGUGCUCCCAUUUUUAACCAUUUCAUUUGUCUGAAAAGACAAAAUCCGCCUACCCAGCAGACCGGGAGAUCUCUAUUUAUUCAACACUAUUACAAAACAUAAAAUGCGCUUCUCUAUACUUCCGCUCGCGCUGCAGCUGCAAUGAAUGAGUAGCCAAGUGUAUCGAUAGCCCUGCGUUUUUAUUAUUAUUAGCAGUAUUUCACUUUCUCUGGUCAUUGGAACAACAUGAAUUUGUGUCUGAGGCAGAUGCUGUUUGACUCGAGUUUCACUAUCAGGUGGAAGACUGUGUCCCCUCUCUCUUGUCAGUCUCACCCGAGGAAAAGAAGGAGAGAGCAGGGACCGUGAGAGGCGGACCCUCUGCUGCUCUCUCCCUCCUCUGAGACUAAUGCCAUGUUCAAUACAACUGGGAACUCUGAAAAAAAGAGAUCCGACUGGGAUAAAUAGUCAUCCAACUCGGAAACUCUGGCAUCUUUCUAGAGCUCCAACUUUCCGACCUGAAUUCACUGACGUCAUGAUUUGACAAUCGUUUUUUCCGAGUUCCUAGUUGUCAUGAAAGCACCAUGACCAUCAGAUGCAGGUACCAUCAGUCCAGUAAAAUAAAAAAGCUAAUUAUUUGCAAAUUAUUUCAAUUUAUGCUCAGCUGUAACUUGGAAGUGCUACACUAACUGAUCUAUUUUGUUAUCAAAGCUUGAGAAUUAAAUGUAAUAUGGUCUGAGAAGAACAAUACUGGCAGGCCAGGCAUAUAGCCAAUAUGCUGUGAUAAUGUAUUAGGCCUACUGCACAAACCUCAUUCCUACAUAACUGUUUUUAUUAGGUUAAUCAUGUAACAUUUUUUAAGUCAUGUUUAAAAAAAAAAAAAAAUUGCGGUAGAUCUCGGCUUGCUUUUUGACUGCAAAAGUGAUCUUAACUCAGAAAAGGUUGGUGACCACUGGUCUACAUCAACAUCCAGAAUUAAUGUUCAGAAAUGUUUCCUUCCAGGUGCAGUACUCCCUGAUCGACCAGCAGCCUGCUGCUAAGAUGGAGGCGUUCUGCCUGUCUCACGGCAUCCAGCUCCUGACCUACGGUCAGAGGUCAUGGGGGAUUAGGUCAUCACAGCCACUCCCCCAUGACUUGACUACUUGACUGCUCUAGAUCAUCUGGGUUGAGUCAUUUAAGAGGAUGAAGAAGCACAAGCAUUUAUGUCAGUGGUGAAGGGUUGGGUUAGGUCCCAGUUAGCCUGGUCCAGGUCUGUAUGGGGUUUAGCCAACCCUUCUGACCUAUAGACCAGGCUAGGUCACAGUUACUGUUGCAACUUCAGUGACCGGUUAUUGUCAGUUUUUUAGUGUUAGCGAUUUGAGAAAUACUUUCCAUAUUGACUCUCUUGCCAUGUGGGGUGUAGUGAUAAAAAAAAUGGUGUUCUAAGAUGGAGACCAAACUGACGAUGCAUCUGCGCUGUUUCUCUGCCCCCUUCUUCACCCUAUCCCUUCCCAUUCUAUGUAUUUCUUGCUGUUCCUCUUUCCUCAUCUUUACCAUUUCUCUCUUUCUGUGUCCCCCCCCCCCCCAUCUUUUUAAACCUCCAUCUCUCUGUCCACCCUCUAUCUCUCAGCCGGUGGUCUACUCUCAGAGCGCUAUCUAGGGAAGGCGGAGCCUACAAGCAGGGCGGAGCUCAACACCGCCUCCCUCAGUAAGUACAAGAACGUGGAUGGGGGGUGUUCCAGGAGCUGCUGGUUGCCUUGGACACGGUUGCCAGGGGUCAUGGCUGCUCCAUCGCCAACGUGGCUACCCGCUACGUCCUGGACCGGCCUGCUGUGGGUGGAAUCAUCGUGGGCUGUUGUCUCGGUGUUGCCGGGGAAGAACACAUCGAGGACAGCCUGCGCAGCUGCAGCCCAGAAUUGGAAGUCAUGGCGCAAGACCUGCGCACCAUCGACGGUGUGGUGCAGCUGUCGCGUGACCUCAUGAGCCUCAUCCGAGACGAGUACAGGAACUAG